GCACCCCACAAACAUGGAGCUAUUUGAGGACCCUUAUUGCCAGAGCAGACCAGCUCGCAGGACGCAGUGGCUAGUGAGUGCCCUGGCUUUUCACUAUGGGCUAGACAAAGGUGUGGAGAAUGAGAUCAUUGUGUUGGCCACGGGGCUGGACCAAUACCUGCAGGAGAUCUUUCACCACCUUGACUGGCAGGGCAUAGGUACCAUCUCUAAAAGUGAGUUUGGCACCCUGUGCGAGGUACUGGGGCUAGAGCCAGGACAGGAGGAAUGUCAAGGGCUUUUGGAUGAUCUUCCUGAGGAAAUCAAUUUCCGAACAUUCCAUGGUAAACUUUGCGAAUACUUCAGCACCAAGUCUGGGUGCCAAACCAGGACUGGACGUCUGCCUGUGGGCAAGGAGAAUGAGCACAUUGAAACCCAGAUCCGCCUUCGUAGACCCCUGAGAAGGCGACCGUCCCCAGGAAGUAGAGGGUCCCAGCAAGAGGCCGCUGCCCUGCAGAGGCUAGAAGAUGAGAACACCAGCCUUAGGGAGCUCGUGGAGGACAUGAGGGCUGCCCUGCAGAGCAGUGAUGCCAGAUCCCUGGCGCUGCAGGUUGGACUUCGUAAAUGCUAUGCUUCUCACACGAAGGAUGGAGGAUGUGUAUUUAAUACACACAUGGUAUCUCAAAGAUACAUGAUAAUGACUCACUGUGUUCAGAGUGUCCUAAGGGAGGUGGAUCUAAUCCAGAGUUCCAGAGAUGACCAGCUUGGGGAAAUGAUGAGAAUGAAUAAUGAUUUGGAAGAUGAACUGAGCAGAUCUCAGGAAGCAUUGCUCUAUCUGGAGAAUUGCAAUGAGCAGCUGAGAAGGGAGCAGGCAGAAAUGAGGAGGAAGGCUGAAGAGGCCAGACAAGCAGUACUCAAAUGUUUUGGAAAAGUUAAAGACCUGGAGGAAAAAUCAAACAAAGCAGUUCUUCUUCAAUUGCAUAUAAAGGAGCUAGAUAUGGAGCUGCAGAAUUACAGAUCUGAAGCAAGAAUGUCUCAGUUGGUAGCAAAGAGGCCCUUAGAGUCAUGUUAUUUACUUGACCAAGAAGACUGCAGAUCACUUAUCAAAGAUGCAGAUAACCUUCCCAAUGUUGAAGAUGAAAUGUUCCGCUCUGUUGAGGGACAAGCUGCUUCAGACGAAGAAGAGGAGAGUUGGGCUGAUCUGAAGGAGACACACAAAGUAUCACAUAUUCUAUCUUCUUUUUCUUGCUGCAGAAGUGGGUGUUAUGACAAGAUGAUAAAGAAGCUACUCUUGUAUGCUGGGAAAUCAAGCAAUAUUGAUUACAGAAAUACUACAGUGUUCUUGACCGAGAAAAUUGCCCAACUGACAGAGCAACUCCGAUUUAAGGAUAGGGAAAUAGAAAAUCUAAAUAUGGAAAUGAACAAGAUAAAAAGCCCAUUACUAAAAGAACUUCAAAUGAAAGGGGAGGAGCUUGAGAUACUGAGAAUGGAUCUGCAAAUGCUAGAGACAGAACGAGUACGGUUAUCGCUCAUUGAGGAGAAAUUGCUGGAUGUCUUACAACUUCUCCAACAACUACGAAGCCUGAAAAUAUCAAAACGAGAAUUGGGAAAACUUUUAUUAAGUACGUUGGAAUUAAACCAAGAGCCACAAAAUGCAAAGGAGUAUGUUUUAGAGGUUUUGGACACUUUACAACGCACGCUGUCUAACUGUGAACUUCUAAAAGGCUAGUCUUCAAAUCCAACUGUGCACUGCCAGCCAUUGGCUGAUCCUUUCUAAACUUGCUAAACAGCUCCACCUGCAGGUCUUCAUAUGGCUCACACACCUUUGAGAUUACAAUUCUUUAUGGUUUGUUAAAAGUCAAACUCACUUAUGUGCCUCAAUCUGUUAUUUAUGAUCUAUGAUGACUAUGAUGUUGCAAUGUGAAGCCUUUCAUUUGUUAACACAGAAAAAUAGAGCUACACCUGCAGAUGUUUUUUUUUUUUUUUCAUAAUUUCAAUGCGACGCUGAUAUAGGAAAAAAAAUAUUAUG